UUUUUAGGAUUUUUUUGGAAGAUUUUUACCUCAUUUUUUGAAAAUAUUUACAAGAAUUUUCUCGCCAAAUUUGGGGGAUUUUUUUCUUGAAAAUGUGGGCAUCAGAAGUUUCACUGUGAAAAUCUUUUUUUUUUCUCCACAUUUUCAAACUUUAAAACGGGUCAGUUUGACCCGCAGGAGACACGAGGGUUAAAUGAAACUUUUAAGGUAAACUUUUAAGGAAUUAUUGGAAUUUUCUUCCUGAAAGUUUUGCGUAUUUUCUGAAAUUUGGGGAAUUUUUUUGCUGAUUUUUUUCAGAAAAGGAAACAUGUGUCCGUGUGUGUGUGUGUGUGUGCGUGCGUGCGUGCGUGCGUGCGUGCGUGCGUGCGUGCGUGCGUGUGUGUGUUUAUGCGACUCAUUCCAUAUCAUUUGAACAGAAACUUCAGUUCGUGUUCGUUCGUUUGCAGCGUUUAUCCGAGAAGAGAAUAGAAAAAUCUGAGCCAUAUUCAAUGCAAUAUGAAUAGAUGACAUCUCUUUUGCAUUUCUCUAUUAAUCGUUUACAUUACAUUAAUGUUUGAACAUAGUCGACCAUUUAGCACCGAGGAGUAUUGAAUGUGCAAUUUUACUUCAGUGCUGGUUGGGUUUAUGAUUGUCUUGGGUUUUUUUUUCUUUUGCGUGCAUGUAUGUCAGUGCUUUGAGGUUUCUUUUGGUAUAACCUGUUGUAAACUAAAUUCAUAUUUACGGUAGGAAAUGCUUCCCAAGUAUUUGCAGGGACUAAAAGAGGAGCCAUCGUAGAAGUCGGGCUGCAAAAACACAGCAUCAGUGUUACUUGUUUCUUCUUUUUCUGUCAAAAUUUAGCGAUUUUCAUCAUUUAAUCCUUUACGAACCGACACUUGAAUCGAAAGAAAGCAUGUACAAUAUCUCUUUGAGUCAAUUAUACAAACAAAAGUUUGAAUUCUAUAUUGUGAAAGUAAAAUAAACUUAGACUUUGACUACAAACUCAGGAAGAAUUUCAUAUAUAGUCAAAUUAAUGUUUUAAAUUCUCCCCGUUUAAGCGAGUAGUUUCUGUUCUGAACUUGAAGACUUUAGGAAACAUUAAAACUUUGUGAUUGCAGACUGCCUUACUUUCAUGGACUCCAUAGACUCACCCACAGUUGGACCAGUGGGUGACGCUACCGUUUGUCACCCACUGGUUCUAUUGUGGGCAAAUGUGACCAAUCAGGGCUGGAUCUGACUGAGAACUCAGAGACUCUAUUCACAGUGAUAGAACAGCGACCAACAGUAACUCUAUCGUCUUUUUUUCACUAAAUGGGACCAGAAUUUACUGAAUGAACAUCAUGGAGUCUUCAGAAAGACUUCAGACUCGCAGUUUAGAGCGUAAACUCAUGAAGAAAAUGUUUAGUGAGGGAACAAAGAAGUGAGAAAAAAGGUCGUUUUCUCAUAGACUUCUGUACAAUCUGACUUCUUUUGACAACCAGAGGAGUCGCCCCCUGCUGGCUGUUAGAAAGAAUGCAGCUUUAAGGUGGCGGGACUGGGGCCGGGUCGUGGAUUCAGCAUCCCAAGAGACAAACAGUCAUUAGCUCACACUGAAACACAACUCAGUAGGAAAAUACCGGCAAAAAUGUAAAACUGUAAGUCUGUCUUAAGCUUGGGAGCCGUAAUGAAGCUAGCGAAUGUAGCAUAAUCCAACGUGGCAGCAAACGUAAACAAAGCCGUCUGAUAGCGCCGCGUGACGACGUAUUCAUGUGCUCCACUCGCCAAAAGUUUCACAUAACCAGUUCUGAGGUAACGAUGAAAUGCCAUAAAUUGAGGACGUCGUAAACCGAGGACCUCCUGUACAAGAUCUAAUGUUUCUUGAUCCAUUUAGGCGUUCUUUUUUUUAAAACCCUGCUCUAUUUUUUCUACCGUAGAGGCUAAUCCAAUGCUUGAAGCCCCUGAAAUGUUUCACCAGGACUUAAAUAACUCAUGCGCCGACAAACUUCAUCGCAUGUGAUGAAGACAGCCCGAGACAUUAGCUUGUGUUUCAAUAAUCUCUGCAUUUAUUGCUCCACAGCAGUCAUAAUCCAACAUUCUUCAUCUCAAACAAACAAUUCACCACCACCGUUCACAACUGUUCUACCUUCCAGGCGGAAACACCUGCCCAGACAAAGAUUGGUUCUUACUUAUAACGUAGCACUCAUUGGCUCCUACAUCUACAUUGAGGUGUGCUGUUAUGUUAGCGCCACCUAGCACAGGAAACAACCUCUAACUGCAGCAGAAUCAGUAUUAUCGCUAAAAUUGUCGUUUCCAUUUCAUAUUUAAGGUUGGUCAUGAGUUUGGUACAUGCUGAUAACGAACAUGUUUUCUCACUCUACUUAGCUGUAUGGAAAAUGACGCUUAAGACAGAAAGGUUGAUCAAACCUGUAGGCGAGGUGUUAAUGCUCUCAUUUAUGGGGAUUGAAUUAAAAUAUACCUAAAAGACAUACAGUUGUUUAAACAUUUUCUGCCUGAUAUAAAGUAAAAUAACAUGUUGACUGAUAAAAAGUGAAGUAAUGAUGGUCCUAAACUAAACAUUUUAAUCCUAAACAGUCUUUUGAUUAAAAAAAUAUGGAAAAUUGUCCUAAUUUCAUGAAUAAACAGACAUUUUUAGCCUUUAUAGCAGCUUUACCAGUAAAGUAUUUGUGUUUUAUGAUGGAGACUUCUGCGAUGGCUGCUACCGUCCACUGUCCGACACCUAGACCUUCCUCUGGGCAUUAUAAAAUAGACAAAAUGUGUAUAAAUGAACUCCUGAACUGUCUGUGAAUGGUGACGACAUUUUCUAUGAAGUGUGCUAAUAAGCUAACCCGUUCUGAACGACAAACUCACGCUUCUGAUCUUUCUAUUGAGUAGAAACACGACUUUGUAUUAAAUUGUCUCUCAUCAGCGGUGGUUAUGCAUGGCAUUUUCUUACCUCCUUGCGAUUAUUUUCUAGUAACGGCAUAAAAAAUGGCAUUAUUGUUGUUUAAACUAUUAAUUCUUAUAGUUUUAAAUGAUUUCUAUCUGAGUUUCUUCAAAGGUUGGGCAUGUCUUGGGUGUGUUUUGUUCCUUUUGCUUUUGUAUUUCUUUUUCUGCUGAUGAUGAUGGGAUUACUUGAAGUUGUUUUAUUUUAUUCAUUUGUUAAAAGAAGAUGUGAUGCUGUAGUUUUUGUGUCUGACCUUGUUUCUUAUUUCACUGAUUGCUGCUGCUUAUUGCCGUCACUAAGCUGCUUCUUCGUUGAUCUAGGCUGGAAAGUAGCUGAAGUCUUUUAAAUUUAAACAUUCAGAAGCAAAGGAGCUCAGAAGAGGCCUUACUGUUCAGGAUUACAAAAUUUUUAUUCUUUUUUUUAAAGAGAAUAAACAUCAGCAGACUGACUCCGAGCCACAGAUUUAUUAAAGUUAGAUUAGUUUAGUAAAUGUAAAGUUCAUCAAUGCAGAACAGAAUAAUUCAUCAAAAAGGACCAUAUAUUAUAUACUGGUACUAUAUUCAUAAACAUUAUCUCAAUAUGCUAACAGCCAUGCUAACAGCUCUGUGAGACUGUAACUGGUUAGAGCUAAAUGCAAGCUAUAGCAUAGCAUGCUAACCUUCUCACAGUAUUAAUAAAUGUUGAUGUUUAGCAAACAUGUUCACCAUCUUUGCCUAGCAUGCUAACUGCUCAGUUAAGCUGAGCAGUUAACUGCUAACAUGCUAGCUACAAUAAUGCUAACAUGUUGAUGUAUAGCAAAUAGAAGGUCAGAAUCUUUGUUUAGCAUGCUAACAUGCUGAUGUUUAGCCAAUGUGUUUGCAGUCUUUGCUUUGCCCAGUAACCUGCUCAAAAUGACAAUGCUAACAUGAUGAUGUUAAGCAGACAUGUUUGCUAACAUUGCUUAGCAUGCUAACAUGCUGGCAUUGCUUAGCAUACAAACAUGCUUGCAACAACAAUGCAAAUAUUUAAUGUUAAGCAAACAUGUUGACCGUCUUUGCUUAGCUUGUUAACAUGCUAAUAUUAAGCAGAUAUAAUGCUUACCAUCUUUGUUUAGCAUGCUAACAUGCUCACAACAACAAUGCUAACAUGUUGAUGUAAAGCAGACAUGUUUGCUAACGAUGUUUAGCAUGUUAGCAUGCUUGUAGCAACAUUGCUAAUAUUUUGAUGUUUAGCAAGUAUUUUUACCGUCUUUGUUUAGCAUGCUAACAUUCAUGCUCAAAGAAUGUUAAUAUUUACCAGAUACACACACACACACACACACACACACACACACACACACACACACACACACACACACACGCAGGUAGUCAUCAAAUGUUUCACUCAACAUCCCGAAUAUUAACUUCCUAAAAGAGGUACAUCCUCUGAUGAUUAUGAACGUCUGCUCUGAAUGACAUCUAACAGCUGUUAAGAUGUUUCGGUCUGAGCGGUGAACUGAUAAUAGAAUAAAAUAAUACUUUAUUGAUAAUUUACAGACUUGUAACAGCAGCAUGUCGACACGUCGAUGACCCACAAAACCGACAGAACAAGAAUAGUCAUCAGUACGAGCACAUACACGGUAUAUAAGGUAGAAAAAAUAUGAUAAAAGUUAAAACAUAUGUCGGGAAAAUUGUUAACUUCUCUAAAUUAAAACUCAGAGUCGUCUCUCAAAUCAAAGUAAACAGACCCCAGUCUGAUAAAAGUGACUGAUAAAAGCCUUUAUACAGGCACAUUAGCAGGAGGGACACAUCUUGGUGUGAUAUCUCUAGUUUGAGUUAUAAACCACACAGUUAAAUAGUAUUACAAUGAAUAAGAACAUUUAAUCAUAAAACAUAAUCAUUUACAUAACAGCACAGCAUAGAACACAUAAAUUAAAAUAUAAAAGCCUGAUUGGUGGACGGGCGCUAAGCUGUUAGCAUGGCUAAAGCAUACAGACACAGUUUAACCCUCCUGUUGUCCUCAUCUAACAGCACCAAAAAAAUAUUUUCUUGUCCGAAAAAAUCCAAAAAUUCAGCAAAAAAAUUCCCCAAAUUUCUGAAAAUUUGCAAAACCUUGAAAAUUUGCAAAACUUUCAGGAAGAAAUUUCCAAUAAUUCCUUAAAAGUUUUAUUUUUAAAAAAUAAUCCCUCAAAUUUGGCAAGAAAAUUCUUGUAAAUAUUUUCAAAAAAUGAUAAAAAUCUUCCCAAAAAAAUCCUAAAAAUAUCUAAAGUGAUUCCAUAUAUAUCAGUAAAACUUCUAAUAUUUUCUUUAAGAACAUUCAUUUUUUUUGUGUGAAUGUUCUUAAGAAGGGCUGCACAGUGGCGUAGUGGUUAGCACUUUCGCCUUGCAGCAAGAAGGUCCCUGGUUCGCGUCCCGGCUUUCCCGGGAUCUUUCUGCAUGGAGUUUGCAUGUUCUCCCUGUGCAUGCGUGGGUUCUCUCCGGGUACUCCGGCUUCCUCCCACAGUCCAAAAAUAUGCUGAGGUUAAUUGAUCAUUCUAAAUUGCCCGUAGGUGUGAAUGUGAGAGUGCUUGUUUGUCUAUAUAUGUAGCCCUGCGACAGACUGGCGACCUGUCCAGGGUGUCCCCUGCCUUCACCUGAGUCAGCUGGGAUAGGCUCCAGCCCCCCCCGCGACCCUAGUGAGGAUUAAGCGGUGUAUAGAUAAUGGAUGGAUGGAUGUUCUUAAGAAACAUUUUUGACAUUUUUUUUCCACCAAAAAUGUUCAAAAAUUUACCAAAAAUGUUAAAAAUGUGGACAUCAGAAGUUUCACUGUGAAAAUAUUUUUUUUCCCCACAUUUUCAAAGUUGAAAACGGGUCGAUUUUGACCCGCAGGACGACACGAGGGUUAAAUAGAAGCAUUAAAAACAUCAAACCAGAACAUGUUCAGUCAUAAUAUUUUUUAUUCCAGCCAUCACCAGGAAGUUCUACUAAGAAUAUACAGACACAUGAUUAUCCUCAGCACCAGACGGGUGGAGUUAAACCAUCAUCUGGACUCUUUUCAGUCUUUCUGGCACCUUUUGUGGGUUUGAAGAUUAUAUUUACCCGAGUGGAUCUUUCUGAAGCUCUGUGUAAACGUCUCACAGCCGGUGAGUAACAUGAAGAAAUACACGAAUAAAUAUGUAAUAUUGAUAGAUUAAACUUGUCUUUUAAGUCACUGUGUAAUCCAAAUGGAAAGAUACAGUCAAGACAUGUUUGGAUUUAAAGGGUUAAAAGUGAUGUUUGUUUUUAGGAUGAUUGUUUUCAGGUUUGGAAAGACGCCUUAAAUGUGUACACUGGAUUCUCAUCAGACAACUUUUAGUAAUUACAGAGUAUUAAAUUCAUGUCUGUAAAUUAAUAUUGACUGUUACUUCAGAGCGUGUAGAGCUAUAUGUGUGUUUGUUCUAAUAACCCAACUUGCUACUCGGAAGCCUUUACUGCCAUUAGAAACAGUUUUUAUUCCUCCAUACCUGCCUAUAUACGAUGAUAUUUUCUGUGAAAAGUGAGUCAGAAGCUUCAUGUUCAGUAAUUCUGUGCAUUCAGAUGCAAAGGAGCUCAAAAGGCCUUACUGUUCAGGAUUACAACAUUUUUAUUCUUUUUUAAAAGAGAAUAAACAUCAGCAGACUGACUCCAAGUCGCAGAUGUAGUAAAAUUAGAUUAAUUUAGUAAAUUUAGAGUUCAUAUGCCAACAUAAAUAUGCUAACAGCCAUGCUAACAGCUCUGUGAGACUGUAACUGGUUAGAGCUAAAUGCAAGCUAUAGCAUAGCAUGCUAACCUCCUCACAGUAUUAAUGCUAACAUGUUGAUGUUUAACAAAUAUGCUUACCAUCUUUGCUUAGCAUGCUAACAUGCUCACAGCAUAAAUGCUAACAUGUUGAUGGGUCACAGAUAUAAGGUCUUUGUUUAGCAUGCUAACAUGCUCACAACAACAAUGCUAACAUGUUGAUGUGUAGCAAAUAGAAAGUUAGAAUCUUUGUAUAGCAUGCUAACAUGCUGACACUUAGCCAGCGUGUUUGCAAUCUUUGCCCAGUAGCCUGCUCAAAAUGACAAUGCUAACAUGAUGAUGGGUCACAGAUAUAAGGUCUUUGUUUAGCAUGCUAACAUGCUGACGUUUAGCCAACAUGUUUGCAGUCUUUGCUUUGCUCCAUAACCUGCUCAAAAUGACAAUGCUAACAUGAUGAUGUUAAGCAGACAUGUUUGCUAACAUUGCUUAGCCUGCUAACAUGAUAGUAAUAACAAUGCUAAUAUUUUGAUGUUAAGCAAAUAUUUUUAUCAUCUUUGCUUAGCUUGUUAACAUGUUAAUAUUAAGCAUAUAUAAUGCUUACCAUUGUUUCUUAGCAUGCUAACAUGCUUGUAACAGCAAUGCUAAUAUUGUGAUAGUAAGCAAAUAUUUUUAGCAUCAUUGCUUAACUUGCUAACAUGUUCAAGUGAAGUCAAGUUUGCUUUAUUUUCUCCCAUGGGAGAAAUUUCUUAGACAAGGUAAAAUGACAAAUUUCUAAAAAUUUUUAAUAUUAAGCAGAUAUAAUGCUUACCAUCUUUGCUUCGCAUGCUAACAUGCUCACAACAACAGUACUAACAUGUUGAUGUGUAGCAAAUAUAAGGUUAGAAUCUUUGUUUAGCAUGCUAACAUGCUGAUGUUUAGCCCACAUGUUUGCAAUCUUUGCUUUGCCCAGUAACCUGCUCAAAAUGACAAUGCUAACAUGUUGAUGUUAAGCAGACACAUUUGCUAAUGUUGCUUAGCCUGCUAACGUGAUUGUAACAACAAUGCUAAUAUUUUGAUGUUAAGCAAAUAUGUUGACCAUCUUUGCUUAGCUUGUAGACAUGCUCACAACAACAAUGCUAACAUGUUGAUGUGUAGCCAAUAUAAGGUUAGAAUCUUUGCUUAGCAUGCUAACAUGCUAACAUUUUUUCAAGUGAGUCAGGACCUUCAUAUUUAGGCUGAUUGCUGCUGUAGUGAAACAUGUUUCUGCUGGCUGUUAGCCCUCUGACCUACAUUACUGUGUAAAGAGAAAAAACAAACUGUGACGUAGAGAUUUGUCAGAUGUCUGUGAAGUCAAACAGUCGCUGAGUCACAUCUGGGAGUUUCCUGAAGCAGCAAACGGCUCCACUGAGUCGCUGUUUGGAGUUUUACCGUCUGUCUUUCUCAACCGACAGAAUAUUUUUUUAACAUUUCUUUCUUCACCUGUAAAUUAAGUUCAGAGUUGCCGUUAAAACAUUCGUAACCUUUGAAAAGGUUCCGAUUAGCUGCUAAAUGGACGCUGUGGUGAGAUGUUUAAAUAGUCAGAGGGAACUUUCAGAGUUUAUCAGACAAACACAGCUGGAAAUUCCAAACUUCAGUGUAAAUAACAAGUCAGCUGACAACAAAUGACACAAAAGAGACACAAAACAACAAAAAUGAAACAAAACGACAAAAACAAGGCAAAAAAUGACAAAAAUUAGACAAAAAUGACAAAAAAACAGACACAAAACAACAAAAAUGAGACAAAAUGUGAAAAAUGAGACAAAGAAUACCAAAAACAAGAAAAAAAAUGUAAAAUUAGCAAAAAAAUUUAAAAAAAGAGACACAAAACAACAAAAACAAGACACAAAGCAAUAAAAGCUAGACAGAAAACAACAAAAACGACAUACAACAUGACAAAAAUGAGACAAAAAUGCUAAAAUUAGACAAAAAAAUGACAGAACGACAAACAACAAAAAUGAGACACAAAAUGCCAAAAAUUACACAAAAAAUUACAAAAAAGAGAUGCAAAACAACAAAAAUGAGACAAAAAAAUCCAAAAAAUUUGACAAAAAAUGACAAAAAUUAGACAAAAAAUGACAAAAAGACAGAAAACGAGAAACAAUACAACAAAAAUGAGACAAAAAAAUGACAAGAAAGACACAACAUAAAAGAGACAAAACAACAAAAACGAGACACAAAGCAACAAAAAUGAGACACAAAAUGACAAAAAUUAGACAAAAAUGCCAAAAAUUUGACCAAAAAAUGACAAUGAGACAAAAAAUGCAAAAACAAGACAAAAAAUUUGACAAAAAAUGUCAGAAGCGUCAGAAAACAACAAAAACGAGACACAAAAUGACAAAAACAAGACAAACAGCCUUGAUAAAUCCACUUUAUUUGUACCUGUAAAAAGAUGCAUUAUUUUCUAGCAGCCCUUCAUUGUGUCGAUCAUUUUAAACUUUUUUUUGACCCUAUUUGUGUCAUUUGAGCAGCUUUGAGAGGCCUGAAGGGUUCAAACAUUCAGUAAAUCACUAGAAACAGAGUCAUCCAUCAUCUGUGGGACCCGCUGACAUUAACGGCCAAAUCACAUCCUGAAAGUCAAACGUUGGCUCUGUUUUAACAUCAGAGUGUUUGCGAGGCUUUGGGUUUAACGUACCGAUGAAUACUGAGUCCAAAUCAUUUACUGGUCUGUGUCACAUUACUGGUUUAUGAGUCACUCUACAGACGUCUCAUCACAUCUAAAGGUGAUUUCUGUGGGAAACAAGUCCAGAUCUGUUGGAAACAACGAAGACGCUGUGGAUUUUAUUCCAGAACGUUCUUCAGUCACCUCAGUUUUAAAUGCCAGUGAAGUUUCAAACUUCCUCCUGAUUAUUUUCUUUUUUUCUUCCUCUUUUCUGGCAGCCCUCAGCUGGUAAACAGGGUGAAUUUAUCACAUCAGUCAAAACGAAACCUGCUUUCAUUUUUCUGUUUUUUUCUAGAAGUGUUUCUGUGACGUUUUAAAAAAUCCCUACUGUUUACUUUUUGUUUUCCAGACAUAAAAAACAAAAACCGGUAUAUAAAUCUGAGAGAUGGUAAAGCACGUCAGAUUGUAUAUUUGUUUAAAAAUUUAAGACACAAAACAACAAAAAAAUGAGACAAAAGAUGCCAAAAACAAGGCAAAAAAUGCCAAAUAUUUUUUAAAAAAUAACAAAAAAGAGGCACAGAACAACAAAAAUGAGACACAAAACAAGAAAAACAAGACAGAAAACGACAAAAAUUUAACAAAAAAUGCCAAAAACGACAGAAAAUUACAAAAAAGAGACACAUAACAAAGCAACAAAAACAAGACAGAAAAUGCCAAAAAAUAGACAAAAAAAUGACAAAAAAGAGACACAAACUGACAAAAGAGACACAAACAAAAAGGAGACACAAAACAAAACGACAAAAACGAGACACAAAAUGACAAAAACAAGAUUAAAAAUGACAAAAAAGAGACACAAUUUUUAGAAUAAAUAAGUUGGAACCUUCUUUUUUUUGGUUGCUUUGUCACUUUCUAUCUCUUUCACUUUCAGUGUGAAAUCUCAGCUGGUUUGUGUUGUUCAGAGAAAUGUCACAUGAUGAGAAGGUUUGGUGGUUACCUGUGAUUACCAGUUUUGUACACAAACGUACGUCAGCGGUUUCAUCAUCAGCGUCUGACGUCAUGACGCACAGCUGCUGAUAUAGAACCCGGAACCAGAUGAGUGGAGCGCAGUAACCGGCAGGACCUGAGGGAGCUGCGGAGGAUAUUUAUCUUCAUUUACUGUCUUUUUGGCCAUUUCAACCUGAACCAGGAUGGCGAACGGACACGUGGAAAUCCACGACCUGUUGUCCGCCCACCACAGCCCCUCCAGCUGCUCAGACCCUGAAUCCACCUCAGACAGCGACAGAAUGGACGACACGGUGGAGUUCAGGAUCAUGAUGGCGUUCGCCAAGAGGAGACGACCUCAACAGCAGCAGCAGCAGGAUUCAAAUCCAGACGACGGACCAGUGAAGGAUAGCAGAGAUGCUAACGGAACGACGACUCCAUCCCAGACACCAGAGAAGACUGAGGGGAAGAAGAAGAGGAAGAAGAAGGGAUGGAAACGUCUGUCGAGCAUUUUGAGAUGUGUCAAACCUCAGACUGAAGACCCAGAACCACAGCCAACGCCUCGACCCAACGGAAACUUCAGGAGUUUGGAUCCUAGAACCAAUGAGCGACUGGUAGUGGACUCACACGAACCCGAUGAGGUUAAAGAUGACGAUCAUUUGGCCGAGGCAGUGAGCAGACUGACGGAGAUCGCUGAAGAAAUCCCGUUCACUCCUCCAGAAUGGGAGACGGACUCCAGAGACGGUGAGGUGGAGAAGAUUAUCGGUCUGAUUCUGAGGGAAAGUGGAGACAGACUGAAUGAGAAGGAGCUGAAGAACGCCAACAUCGCAGCAGAACUCUUCUGGAACUACAGCUUCUUUAGGGAGCUAAUAAAUAGACUGCUCAUGAGGAUGGGCCUCAGGAGCCCCGACCCCGACGCUCUGGGGCCUCAAGCAUCACCCAAAACCCAGAUCGCUGUGACCUGUGAGGUCACCAGUCGUCUCUCUGAGGUGAACUCUCUGCCCAGGAACCUCCUGAUGCGCCACGGAGCCCGAUACCUGCAGGACUACUACUCCACCUGGGCUCAGCAGCAGGGCGGAUACGAGGCAGCCUUUGAGGGAGACGAGGAUGAAGUGGAGUGAACCGGACCAGGUCUUCCAGCUCCACAGCGCCUCCUGCAGGCCGUCACAGAAGCAGCAUUAGGAGUCCUACAGAGUGUGGAGAACACAGAACAGGAGCUUUGUGUUUUCAUUCAGACAGAUCAGUUUACACAGAACACGUCUGCAGCCGUGAGCUUUAAAACAAACAAUCAUGUGCUGUCAGGGGCCACGAGACGAUGAAUAAAUUAUUUUUGUACCGUUAUAACCUCUGUGAUUAAGGUUGUCUUGACUUUUUGAAAUCAUCAUUAUUUGCUUUGUAGUUAGAAAGAAGAAAAGUAUAGCUCAGCACUUGCACUUUUAAGAUCACGGAAAAUAGAUGUAAAAUAGAAGUGGUGUUGUUUGUGUUGUUUCUAAGGGACCACUGUGUGUACUGUUGUUGUUGUUUAGACAUAAAUGUAAAUGAAAACACAGAUUUUUAGUCUGUGGAUUGUUUGUGUGAACAUUUUUAGCACAAUACAUCCUGUCAGUUUUCAUAUGAAGUGCAGAAAUGUGUCUAAAAACUGCCUAAAUGCUACUUUUUUGUGUUUUUUCUGUUAUAGUUUAAUGAUUGAGCUCAGAUGAAAACGGCACCACCCUGUGGCCAAAUGUGGAACUGAUUCAAACAACCCCAAUUCAAAUUAGAUUAAUUAAUAAAUGUUGUUUACUUUAUGGAUAUAUUGACAUGUUUUACUCUUGUGAUAAGUUGUUGUAUUUAUUUUAAUAAAUUCAGCAUAAAGUGAACAAA